GAAGGGCCCGGGGCGCUUGCGCAAGCGCGCGCUCCGCCGGUUGAAAGCGGAUCCGGGCUGGAGGCGGCGUCGCGGUGCAUGAAUAUUGAUUACGCGUCGCAGCGCCCAGCGCCCAGCGCCCAGCGCCCGCCCCUCUCGGCCUCCCGACGCUCGCUGCUCGCGCUUGGGCUCGCGAUGGGGAAGAAGUCCCGGGCGGUACCCGGCCGUAGGCCCAUCCUGCAGCUCUCUCCGCCGGGUCCUCGGGGCAGCACGCCGGGCCGGGACCCGGAGCCGGAACCCGACACCGAGCCGGACUCCACCGCGGCGGUCCCCAGCCAGCCCGCCCCGUCGGCGGCGACGACGACCACCACCACCACCGCCGCGGUGACUGCCGCCGCGGCCUCGGACGAGUCGCCUUCAGAAGGCAAGGAUGAACAAGAAGCGGUGCAGGAGGUUCCUAGAGUUGUUCAGAAUCCUCCAAAACCAGUCAUGACCACUAGACCCACAGCUGUUAAAGCAACAGGCGGUCUAUGCUUACUUGGUGCGUAUGCUGACAGUGAUGAUGAUGACAAUGAUGUUUCCGAAAAACCAGCACAGUCCAAAGAGACAAAUGGAAACCAGUCAACUGAUAUUGAUAGUACAUUGGCCAACUUCCUAGCGGAGAUCGAUGCCAUAACAGCUCCUCAGCCUGCAACUCCUGUAGGAGCUUCUGCUCCACCUCCAACUCCACCUCGACCAGAGCCAAAGGAAGUAGCGACAUCUACCCUUUCUUCUUCUACUUCAAAUGGAACAGACUCCACCCAAACAUCUGGAUGGCAAUAUGAUACUCAGUGUUCACUGGCAGGAGUCGGAAUUGAGAUGGGCGAUUGGCAGGAAGUCUGGGAUGAGAACACGGGAUGUUAUUAUUAUUGGAAUACACAAACAAAUGAAGUGACUUGGGAGUUACCCCAAUAUCUUGCCACCCAGGUACAGGGAUUACAGCAUUACCAGCCCAGUUCUGUGCCAGGUGCUGAAACUAGUUUUGUGGUAAAUACAGACAUAUAUUCUAAGGAGAAAACGAUUUCUGUUUCCAGUAGUAAAAGUGGACCAGUCAUAGCCAAGCGAGAAGUUAAAAAGGAAGUAAAUGAAGGAAUUCAGGCUCUCUCAAAUAGUGAGGAGGAGAAGAAAGGGGUGGCAGCAUCACUGCUUGCUCCUUUAUUGCCUGAGGGAAUAAAAGAAGAAGAAGAGAGAUGGAGAAGAAAAGUAAUUUGUAAAGAAGAGCCAGUUUCAGAAGUAAAAGAAACAAGUACAACAGUAGAAGAAGCAACAACAAUAGUAAAGCCACAGGAAAUUAUGUUGGACAAUAUAGAAGACCCUUCUCAGGAGGAUCUUUGCAGUGUUGUCCAAUCUGGAGAAAGUGAGGAGGAAGAGGAGCAAGAUACCCUUGAACUGGAGCUAGUUUUGGAAAGGAAAAAAGCAGAGUUGCGAGCCUUGGAGGAAGGAGAUGGUAGUGUGUCAGGGUCUAGUCCACGUUCUGAUAUCAGCCAGCCAGCAUCUCAAGAUGGAAUGCGUAGGCUUAUGUCUAAAAGAGGAAAAUGGAAGAUGUUUGUUCGAGCUACCAGUCCAGAAUCUACCAGCAGGAGUUCUAGUAAAACUGGACGAGAUACUCCAGAAAAUGGAGAAACUGCAAUUGGUGCUGAAAAUUCAGAAAAAAUAGAUGAGAAUUCAGAUAAAGAGGUGGAAGUAGAAGAAUCUCCAGAGAAAAUAAAAGUACAAACAACACCAAAAGUGGAAGAAGAACAGGAUUUGAAAUUUCAGAUUGGAGAACUGGCAAAUACCCUGACAAGUAAAUUUGAAUUUCUAGGCAUUAAUAGACAAUCCAUCUCCAACUUUCAUGUGCUGCUCUUACAGACUGAGACUCGAAUUGCAGACUGGCGGGAAGGGGCUCUUAAUGGAAACUACCUUAAACGAAAACUUCAGGAUGCAGCAGAACAACUAAAACAGUAUGAAAUAAACGCCACUCCUAAAGGCUGGUCCUGCCACUGGGACAGGGAUCAUAGACGAUAUUUCUAUGUAAACGAACAGUCGGGCGAGUCUCAGUGGGAGUUUCCAGAUGGUGAAGAGGAAGAAGAAGAAAGCCAAGCACAAGAAAGUAGAGAUGAGACUCUUGCCAAACAGACCUUGAAAGACAAAACUGGCACUGAUUCAAAUUCUACAGAAUCCUCUGAAACUUCCACAGGUUCUCUUUGUAAAGAAUCCUUUUCUGGUCAAGUUUCUUCUUCAUCACUCAUGCCACUUACUCCAUUCUGGACCCUCCUUCAGUCAAAUGUUCCUGUGCUUCAACCUCCAUUACCCUUGGAAAUGCCACCACCCCCACCUCCACCUCCAGAAUCACCUCCACCCCCUCCUCCACCACCUCCUCCUGUGGAAGAUGGUGAGAUCCAGGAGGUAGAGAUGGAGGAUGAGGGAAGUGAGGAGCCCCCUGCCCCAGGAACAGAGGAAGAUACCCCUUUGAAACCUUCAGCACAAACCACAGUUGUAACUAGCCAGAGUUCAGUUGAUUCCACCAUCUCUAGUUCUUCUUCCACUAAAGGAAUAAAGAGGAAAGCUACAGAAAUUAGUACUGCAGUGGUUCAGAGGUCAGCUACCAUUGGCAGUUCUCCAGUUCUCUAUAGCCAGUCAGCUAUAGCUACAGGUCACCAGGCAGCAGGGAUUGGAAACCAGGCAACAGGAAUUGGACAUCAGACAAUACCAGUUAGCCAUCCAGCAGCAGGAAUGGGUCAUCAGGCCAGAGGAAUGAGCCUGCAGUCAAAUUACCUUGGACUAGCGGCAGCACCUGCAAUUAUGAGUUAUGCAGAAUGUUCUGUCCCAAUUGGAGCGACUGCUCCCUCAUUGCAGCCAGUUCAGGCCCGAGGUGCUGUGCCUACCACUGCCAUUAUAGAACCACCACCACCACCUCCUCCUCCUCCUCCACCACCACCACCAGCUCCCAAAAUGCCACCACCUGAAAAGACGAAAAAAGGAAAGAAAGACAAGGCAAAGAAGAGUAAGACCAAAAUGCCAUCUUUGGUAAAAAAGUGGCAGAGUAUCCAGCGUGAGUUAGAUGAAGAGGACAAUUCUAGUUCCAGUGAAGAGGAUCGGGAAUCAACUGCACAGAAGCGAAUUGAAGAGUGGAAACAGCAGCAGCUGGUUAGUGGCAUGGCAGAGAGAAAUGCUAAUUUUGAAGCCCUUCCUGAGGAUUGGAGAGCAAGGCUAAAGAGAAGGAAAAUGGCUCCAAACACAUAGUUUUUAAGUUUUUAAAACUUUUUUUUUGUAUUAUUAUUUGUUUUGUGUUCGGUUCAAAGUCUUAACCAGUUUUAUUGUCAAAUAAACUAUAAAUGUUAUGGGGGAGAUGUUAUAAAUUUCCUGGGCAAGAGCGUAUGCAUACAAAGUUUUCACUUUUGUGAAAUGUAAUUUUUCUGUUUUGCAAAGGGAUGAGGUGAUUGGAAUUGCUUUGACCAUGCUGCCUUUAUUCUCAAACUGGCAAACUUAGCAUGUUAGGUAUAUUAACCUCAUCAGUCUUGAAGAACAUGUGGCUCAUGACUAUAACACUUCUGUAGAGGACUACCUGACAAAAGUGAAGAAUUAACUUCUCGUCCAGAACAAGUGCAAUUCAGAAGGCAGCUCUGCAUUCUAGCUUGACUGGAAUUUUCUGAAUCUUUUUCUGGCCUCUUUUCUCUAGUCGGCCACCCCUGAAGUGCUGAGGUCUAAGUGGUUUACCUCGUGCUGAUAGAUGGCCACACUCUUUAGAGUAGUUCUCAUAAGUUCUAGAACUGGUAGCUCGGUCGUUUCGCACACUAGGUGGCAUACAGGCAGCAGCAGGUGUUCAUAUCCGUGAUUUUGAGAAUUUCCCCUCAAGUAUGUGGCAGUAAAUGCAAUGAGACACUCUAUGUAUUAAUGUCUCCAUUGUCUUAACCCUGUUCCAAAACAAAAUUCACCUCCUUUCUUUAUGUGAAUGUAUUCUCCAUAAAAUUCCAGUAUUUAAAAAGCAGUUUACUGUUCUGUACUUUCUAUUGUAUCACAAUCAGGUAAAAGUCACUUUAAACUGAGGAAAUGGCAAAUUGUGUUUUAAAGCUCUUUGUAUUUCUCCAGUUUCUGACCUUGUAAAUUUGUAUAUAUGCACUAAUAAAGCUUUUUUUAUAAUCCUGA